AUGGCCACCAAGAAGGUCGCAGACCACACCCUCUACCACGUCAGCCCAAAGGGCUUCUGGAAGAAGCUCCAUGAGACUGUCGCGUUGAACCCGAGCAUCUCGAGCGGUCUCCCGCUGCCAACCGCUCACCGCAACCCUCAACCUGGAUCUCGCCCGGAGAAAUAUUCGACGCCUGCUACCAAGGCGUCUGACCCGGCACAGAACCCGUACUGGAAACGCGACGUUCGCCGUGCAUACCCCCAGCUUUCCGUCGUCACACAGUCGAAUUUGUCCACGCUUCUCAUCCAGCACUCAGGCGCUGAUGCGGUCGCCGCACCAGGAGCGGACAAGGCGUCUGUACCAGCGACGUCCGAGGGGCCCUCUGAGCUGGCUCAGGCCAUCCAGCAAUUGGGAAGCAACGGCAAGAAGGUGUUCACCGAGAGCAAGCUUCCUCCAUUGCCGCCCAACGCCUUCAAGCGCUGGGUACCCGAGCGUGCGGAGGAUGCGCCGCAUGAGAAGUACGCGUACUUCCCGAUGCUUCUCGUCAAGUAG